CUUGUGUGAGUAUAAUAAUGUGGUUUUGAUUUCGCUGUUGACCAAGACAUUACCAGAUUUUGAAGUUUAUCUACAACCAAGUCUUUUACUAGAAUAUUCCUAUUGUAAAAUUUUCCAACCGAUAACUGUAGGCUAGGCGGUCGCCGAGAUACGGCCUCAUUAUUGGCCCACCCUAACGCACGUUUAUGGCGCUCAUACCCAAUAUACUAAACAUUUACACUAUGGCGGGCAUGUAAAAUGAAAAUAUUUCUUUAUGAUCACGCAGAACGCGCGAACGCUAUCAAACGCGAAACCGCAAUUCCGGGAUCUGGUUAAAACAGUUUUAUUUUCAACUUCAAACGGUUAACAACUAGAAUGAUUGCCGCCAAAAAUAUUUUGAUUACAACAUGUUGCUUUAUUAUGUUUGCUGCGAGGUGCUACUGUUUGGAGUUCGAAUACCAUUCGAAUGAGGAAUUGGAGCAAGUGUUGAGGAAUUUUUCAACGCAAACUGACGAUGCCGGUGCGGUAAAGACCGAAUUGUAUAGUAUUGGGAAAACGUAUAAAGGCACUGAGCUUUGGGUAUUUGAACUAACGGCAACAGACGACGAAACCUUGGGUAUACCGAACGUCAAGUUGGUUGGAAACAUGCAUGGGAAUGAACCCGUUGGUCGAGAGAUUCUCUUGCAUUUGAUAGAGUACUUAUUGGAUAAUUACAACAAAAACGAAACUAUCACUUGGCUGCUGAACAAUACUAGACUCCACAUUCUUCCCUCACUAAAUCCUGAUGGUUUCGCUGAAGCCACUGAAGGUUUGUGUCGAGGAAAUAAUGGUCGAUUUGUGAGGGUGGAUCCUGAGAGCGCGAUUCCAGAAGACUUGAUCGACUUGAACCGCAAUUUUCCCGAUCCGUUCUACCACAGCAAUUUGACAUUCGACAUAACCGAAUCCACCUGUCUGAUGAAAUGGAUGGAGAACAAAACAUUCUCAUUAUCAGCAGCGCUUCAUGGAGGCGAAUUGGUGGCCAACUAUCCGUACGAUUCUAGUACACAUGCAGCUGAUGGUCUUCCAUCUCGCACUCCUGACGACGACGUAUUCCAAUAUUUAGCGAAAAUCUACGCGAGUAAUCAUCCUAAUAUGAAAGGAUGCAGUAAUCUUACCAAUUUCACCGAUGGUAUCACAAAUGGUGCUGAGUGGUAUAGCUUUGAACGUGGAAUGGGCGAUUACAAUUAUGCAUACCAUGGCUGCAUGGAGCUGACUUUUGAAAUAUCCUGCUGUAAAUAUCCAAAAGCGAAAGAGCUGCCACGUUACUGGAAUGAAAAUUUGAAGCCACUUCUACUAUUUAUUAUGCAAUCCAACACGGGAGUGACAGGUCAGAUUUAUGAUUAUCUUUCCAACAAACCGAUUGCAAAAGCAAGAGUUAUGGUCGCUCAAAGGAACGUGACAUUUUGGAGUUCGUGGAAUGGCGAAUAUUGGAGAAUUCUAUUGCCAGGAGAAUAUACCCUAAAGGUUGAGGCUGAUGGGUAUCACUCUUCGACUAAACAUUUUACUGUCAGUGAGCAGAAAGGACCCUAUCCGUCACUGACGAUACUGGAUGUACCGAUGUAUAAUUCAACAGUAUUCACUACAACGUCAACAAGUCCUUCACCAACAGCAACGUCACCAAGGUGGACAGUUGCAGCAACAUUCAGUGGAUAUCAAAUCAAUGCGCAAAAUCCACCAGUACACAAAUCUCUGCCUGGAGUACACAGUCACUAUUCUUCCAGUAGUAUUUCUUAUAAGAUUUAUGUUCAUUUUUACACAGUGCUUUAUUUUCUUCUUGUACUCCAUUGUGUAAUAUAACAGGUUCAUUUCCGUUAUAUUUUGUUUUAUUCCACAUGCGUGUCAGGUCUUUAUGUCAUUCAUGU